GGCGCGUUCGGCGUGGACUGCGAGACGUACCACACGGCCGCCGCCAUCAGCAGCCAAGGUGGGCAGCGGGGGGGGCGGAGCUGUGCCCGCCGCGGGGCUGCUCCGUUCGUCCCGCUGAGCCCAACGCUCGCCGCCCGCUGAGGGGUUUCUGCCUGCGGCGCCGUCCGCUCCCGUCCUCGAGGGUUCCUGGGGCAGAACAGCCGCACAAAUCGGGCUGAGCUGCCGGAAAGGAGCUCUGCGGAGGACCUCAGCGGGGUGACCGGCAGACAGGCAAGCUGAUGUACGUGAUGCACAACUCUGAGUAUCCCCUCAGCUGUUUCGCUCUCUUUGAGAAUGGUCCCUGCCUCAUAGCAGAUGCCAACUUCGAUACGCUCAUGGUGAAGCUGAAAGGCUUCUUCCAGAACGCCAAGGCAAACAAGAUAGAGAGCCGGGGCACGCGCUACCAGUACUGCGACUUCUUGGUUAAGGUGGGCACUGUUACGAUGGGUCCCAGCGCCCGUGGGAUAUCCGUGGAGGUGGAGUACUGCCCCUGUGUGAUAGCCAAUGACUGCUGGAACCUGCUGAUGGAGUUCAUGCAGAGCUUCAUGGGCAGCCACACUCCCGGCAUCCCGUCUGUGUUUGGCACCAAGCACGACAGCAUCUACAGCCCCGCAGACACAAUGGUUCAGUACAUGGAGCUGUUCAACAAGAUCCGCAAGCAGCAGCAGGUGCCUGUAGCAGGAAUCAGAUGAAAGGACUCCCAGAGCUCUGUGCAGAACGGCUGCAUCUUUUCUGCGGAUCACGAUCCCCUCGAAAAAGCAGCACUGCAGUCAGCCCAAGGUUUUUUUUUUCCUUCCAAAUCUCUUUGCACCAUUUGAAAGCAAAGGUUUGGAAUGCCAUGAGGAUUUCUUCUUGUCCUCCUCCUCCUUUUUCCUUCUCUGUGUGUCUGCACUCAGGCCCAUGGGUCGGAUGGCUCUCAGUGCAGUGCUUCAUGCAGGGGAUUGCCGUUUGUUGGCAGAGGAAUCUCAGCCAAAUGCAUGCAAAGGGCAGAGUCUCACUGAAUGCAAACAGCUAGGAGAAAGGACUUUUAAAUAUAAUAUUCGUGUGAAAACGUCUUGUUAUUUUUCAUCGAAAUAAAAAGCUGUAUUUUUGUGAGAAGUUGGAAUCUUUGUGCACAGCGAGUGUUACUGCUUUGUAUUGUUUAUUUACAGCUUUUGAAAUGUUCUGUUGCAUGGAGACGAUUCUUAGCAGAGUUUUAUCUUUGAUUUGGUUCAAGAGCUUUAUAUCCCUGUAGCAAACUAAUUUCCCUGUGGCAAAAUGUACAGGAAUUCUUGCAUUCCUGUUAUGGGUAUGUUCUUAGCUUGCCUUCAUCUUUUAUAUCAGAUGGGAGUAUUAAAGUCUUCCACUUCUCAGUUGAAGCCCAGUGCUAAAUAAAUAAAUAAGUGUGGCAGGAGCCACAAAAAAUA